UUCCGACCAAAAAUGUUCAAAACAUCUACGACCCGUCUAUGUUUCGUUCUCGCAGCCGUCAUCCUUACGGUCCCAACUUCCUCAACCGCCACAUACAACCCAACUUACACCGCCUCCACAGACACGGUCAUAUACACAAACUGCUCGCAAGCCAGAUUCUCUCCUGGCUCCGCCUACGAGACCAACCUCAAGUCCCUUCUAUCUUCCCUCGUCACCUCCACCCUCCUCAACCGCUACAACAACCUCACCAUUCCCUUCGGCAGCGGAGUAAACCCUGAACCAAACGUUACCGUAUAUGGUCUCUUCCAAUGCAGCGUUGACCUAGACCCGACUUCUUGCUCAUCAUGCGUAACACGCGCCUUUGCACUGGUCGGAAACACGUGUCCCAACUCCUACUCCGUGAUCUGGCAGAUGCAAAGUUGUCUGAUACGGUACGACAAGAGCUCCUUCUUUGGCGUUCAGGACAAGACGGUGGUGCGCAAGACAUGUGGACAGCCGAUGGGAUUUGUAGACCAGGACGCGUUGACACGUGUCAGUGACGUCAUCGGUUAUUUAGGUUCGGGAGAUAAGCCCGACAGGACUGGAGCGAAUGGGGAGGUUCGGGGUGCGGCUCAGUGCACAGGGGAUCUAAGUCAAGCACAGUGUCAGGAUUGCUUGACCGAUGCAAUUGGACGGCUCAGAUCUGAUUGCUUAAUGGCCCAAGGAGGAUACGUUUACUUGUCCAAGUGUUACGCUCGCUUCGGCUUCGUUGGUAGUCAUGGAAGUCAGACUCCAAACUCAAUCUUUGGAGGUGAGAAAUAUGAUACGGAUAAUGACGAUAAUAAUGUAGGGAGAACAUUGGUGAUAAUAAUAGGAAUCAUCACGUUAGUCAUCUUACUCAUUGUGUUUCUCGCUUUUCUUGGGAAGAAACUGAGAAAUUUACGAGAAGAUAAAUGUUGAAGAUGAAAGGAAAAGUGAGAAACAGAUCAAUCAACAACUCGACAGCUAGUUGUAUUUUUACAAUUUUGUGACCAUUCCUCGUAAGAUAUUCAGUAAUUAUAUAUCAACUGUAUUGUUAUUUCGACUCGAUUUUGUGUUAUCGUCGGACUUAAAUUAAGAAUAAUUG